GCGAGAGCACAAAAAGACGGGAAACAGAUACCAGGAGCCGCCACUUUGGCGUCUCUAGCCCACUUGUUCAAACCCCCUUGAACUUGUGGCUUGGCGCAUCACGUGCAUUUUCGUUCGCGUUUCUGGCGCGAAAAUAGAAGUACGAGGCCACGCACCGCUGCAAGAGAGCCAGUUCGCGAACCACGACGAAGACGCAGCCAGAAAACCAGCCACGAUAAUCUCGCAAAUUUUCUCUGGUGCAUUAUCACUUCCUACUAAAAAAAAAAAUGACCAAGCCGAACGUAUUUGUAGCGUGGUUUCCCGCCGCUCAUGCUUUCUUCGAUUUGAUAAGCGGUGGGGGGAGCAUGUUCUUCCAGAAUAUCGGGCCAACAACAAAAAAAAUUUUUGACGCAAGUUUUUCGGCCUCCUGCAGCUCGAGGGGGAGCAGAAAAUAGUAGAAGACGAGAACGAGAACGUGUCCACGUUGGAGCGAAAACGCCACACGUCAGCGUUCUGGAGUAGCACCAUUCUCUAUGGUAGCACGCUUUCCCAGCGCGCCAGUCACUGCACAGCAAACGGCAGCUAUACUCAACAGUCGCAGAUCAACUGCAGUCGCGCUCGCCACGACGCACUUCGCAAACGCCGCUUGUGCCUCGAGGAUGGCGGCGUCGGGCCGUGCUGCUGGCUCCGCUGGCGCUGGCCUCAACGCCGGUCUCUCCAGGGACGACGACGACCGGAUGAGCGCUUGCAACGGCUACACCACGCUGCGGAGGGACGACUGCGAGCUGUCGGCUAGCAGCAACGACAGCAGCAGCAGCAGUGGCGGGGACGACGACUGCACCAGCAGCGGCGACAGCAGCAGCGGUUGCAGCAGCGACAGCGGAAACAGCGACGUGGCGCAGGUCGGCGCGUCCCAGUCGGAGGACGUCGACAUCGAAGAUGUGCCGACUGCCUCCAGCGUCGCAGCCGUCGCCGCCUUCAUGGCGAGCGAGCCACAGUUGGGAAUCUGGAUCCAGGCGAUGGUCGAACGACCGGCGGACUUUCCCAGUGACCGCCCGGACGAAGUUCACGACUGGAGCGGUUGGCCCAAGUUUGCUCCCAAGAAGAACGCGGACCAACAGCGUGCGAUCGUGCCGAGCCUGCCGGCCAAGGUUCCCCACGUCGCGCUCGUCAACCAGCACGAGUUCCUGCUGCCCAAGAUGGAAGUGCUGAUCCACACACAGGGCAGGCUCAUGCAGCCAGCGCCUUCGUUCCGCUGUACCAACUUGGUGGACGACCUGCAGUACACGGCUUGGCUCACCUUCACUAAUUCCGUUGGGGGCGAAUGCGUUGGUCAGUACUCCCACCCGGACUCACCGCAUCCCGGUUCUUCGUGGAACGGCCGGGUGCUGUCCUUUUCUCGGCUAAAGCUGUUCUCCUACGACGGCUUCACCUCAAAACUUCCUCCGAUCACUCUGAAGUGUAACAACAGUUACCGAAUCCAAGUGAACGUUGGAAUCGUGGACAACAGCGGACACAUCUUGAGCAGGUCGGUCGUCCGCCGCUUUGUCGGUGCCCACUUCAUUGCCGUCACCCAGUUCAGCAAAAAAGUUAGCUGAGGAAACCACGGCCAGAGCUUCAUCUUCAUGUUUUUUUUUUUGUUUUUUUCUCGCCCAUCCAAGCAACAAGGGAUUCAAGACUAAGGCACGCUAAUUUAAAAAUAUAUACACUGCACUGUU